AUGUCGCCUCCGGUCGCCACGAGUUCCGCGGUGCUUAGCACCCUUGUUUCAUCAUCCAAUGAGUUACCCGGUGCCAGCAAGAUAGAUGAUAUCCCUGGCCCCACUGUCAAGUUGCUCGACGAUAUCUUCUUCUUUGUCGACCUCCCGAACAUCAACGACAAUUUCGACCAGCAAGAAGUGAUCUAUUCCGUCAUCACAGUGCUCUCUAAAGAGGCUGAAGAAGACAUUGAUCUGUGGAUCAACUCUCUUAGAAAGAACGGCGCGCUGGUGUCGCACACGAUGAUGAAACUUAAGAGUUUGGAGGUGGCAGAGGACUAUGGGCUUACUGAAGAUCAGUUUUCGGCGUCCCCAUCGUGGAUGAAGCUGUUUAUGCGCCGCCAUAAGCUGUCUCUACGAUCCAAGACGCGCCAAGGGGAGGAACGGCCGCUCGGGGUCGCCAGCCAUAAAAUCACGGUGGUAGCAGUACCGGUACUACUCAAGCUUCAACAGCAGUGUACUUAG